CUCAUGAAGGGCAGGUACCCCUCCCGGGCCUGACAGGUAACUCCCGGGCCUGACAGGUAGCCCCAGAGACGGAGAGUAACUCCCGGGGACAAACACAUAUUUAUUUUCUCCAGAGAUGCUGUCCGACCCGCUGUGUUACUCCAGCGUUAUAUGUCUUCGCUUUAAACCAGCAUCUGUAGUUCCUUCCUACACAUUUCGACUGCUCAACUGCGAAAUCUCCGCAAGAUACUUGCUACGUGAAGAGGCAGAGCCCUAAAUAGAUAUGACUUCAAAUGAUAAUCGGAAACCAGCCAUUGAUGAAAGCCGCGGUGAACUGCGGAGAACUAAUGACUGCUUAACAACUGCACAUUAUGGUUACAAAUCAUACUGGGAUAUGAUAUUUGCACAAGUUAAAGAUGAACUGCCCUCCCUGGACUCAGACUUUUCAUCAUCAAGCUCAGAAGACGGUGAAGUUGCUAUUUUCCAGCGAGGAACAACUGGGCUGAUUUCAUGCCUGCCAGAGGAUCUGAAGGACAUAUCCCUUGAAGACCCCGUCCUUGAGGAGAUGCUGGAAUCUGCAAGGUUACCACUAGAGGCUUGGUCAACAGAGAACAAUGGCAGGAACUCUGAUCAUCAUGAGGACUUUUGGGGUGAGACCACCUGGCACUUGAAAAAAUCCAGUGGCAUCAAUAAACACGCUGAGGGUAAACCUGGUUCCUUUAGUGAUGACAACCCCACAGAUUCAACAUCCUCAGUAGGGUUUAUCAUGGAUCAGAGCUCACUGCCAUCAGAAACAGAGUCCAAGCCUGAUACAAAGGAGCACCUUACAGUCUUGAGGAACAAUGGUGGAGGAGACCCACAUUCUUCACAAAGGCAAAAGGCUAUCAGCAGCAAGGAAGAGAAAAGCCUGAAGUGCCGAGCCAGUGGAGAUGGGAAUUCGGAUUGCUGGUGUCUCCCAGCUAAAGCCAUAAAUGAACUUUCUGAAUUAACAACCACAAAGGACUUUGUGAAAAAUGUCUCAGAAAGCACCUCACAAAGUAUCCUGGGCACGGAAUCACCUUCUGACCAGCAGCAAAUGAACUAUAGUCAAAAUCAAGAACAGAAACAAAUAUCAAAGGAAAAGCUAAGCAGAGGGGAACCAACUGGAUGUUACGCUCAUAAGCCACCUAUUCUUUCUUUAGAGAGUUUAGAGGAAAUGGACUUGGAUGAAAUUCUCCGCAGCCUGCAGCAAGUGGAGGUCCACAGCAGUGAUGUGAAAGACCACGGCCCUCGUCUGGAGCAUCUUGUCAACAGUUCUUCGUCUGGUUCAGUGCAUUCUCGUGUAAACAGUGAGAAGAACCUGAUGGAACAGCUCGCCUUGUUGUGUACUAAGCAGUCGGGAGAAGCUGCCACAUCAAAUAACCGAGCAUCAACGUGUACUGGAGAACACCAGUCCAAAAGGGAGUCGCGGACCAGGUCUGAGGGAACCACAACCAUUGGUCUAAACAAAGUUCUCAGUCCUGAAGCAAGUUCACAUUCGCUGGAGGUGAAACGAAUGCUGCCAAUGAAACAGGCCCGUGAACCAAAGACAGUUUUCAUUGACCUUCGGAGCAGGGAGCAAGAAAGAACCUCCCCAGAGACAAGCUACAUAAAUGGCAAAAUGAGGCUUGCAUGUCUGCAGGAUGAAAGUUCUACUGAAUCAUCCCUCGAGGAGGACUGCCACAACACCAUGUCAGCCCAGAGCAGUGCUCAACGACAGAAGAAGGAGUCACGGCAGGAUUUGGGUGACUGUACAGGUAAAAGCAUGUUACUGAGACAACUGCGACAAGGCCCUGUCAACUCCUUGAAAGUGUCAGGGAAUGAUUCCAGGUGUGUUUCUGAGCAGGCAGUGAGGAAAGAUGUUGAGACCAGAGCGGUGCAGAGGAAGAAACGGAAAGCAAGGUCUGAAAGCAGAAUGCCUGUCAGUAAACCAGAGGAGGCAGCUGUGACUGGAGAUCCGAGCGUGGAGAGAGGAGGUCUGGAUGUGCUCAGCCGUCACAGUGACCAGCUCAUCAGCAAACCUGCUCCCACUGUGGAAAAAUGUGCUUCGAGGGUCACGGUUCCUGCUACGAGACAGAGCCCGGUAGAACUGCCCAGGGGAGAGCACCGGCCUGCAAAUGGAAACAGUCAGACUCCAGAGGCAACUGACCACCAGCCAAAGGAGCGCUGCAGGAAGGAGCAACAGAGCCGGCAGCGGCUGCACAGGCAGCUGGACAGCCUGAGGCCGCUGAGGUCCGUGACAGGGAGGCAGUGUAGUGCGGAGGGAACACCGCUCCUCUUCAACACGGAGGCCUCUUAUUUGCCCAGAAUCUGCACUUUACCUGAGAAGAAAACGACCGAUGCGCUUCUACUUGUGCUGCAACUCUCCAGCUGUGGCCAGCUGCUGACGAGCGAGCAGAACGCAGCCCCCUCACUGGCCAGUGCAGUGACCUCCGCAAAUCUCUACAACGCUCUGGUCUCAUGGCUCCUGUCUCUGGUACCCACUCAGCCAGCUCCUGCAGAUGGGCUACACAGGAAGGGUGCUGAGGUCGACACCAAGGCACCAUUUCAGGUGGUGGGGCUCCAGCAGGCCUGGCACGAAGAUGGCCUGGCUUUAUAUGCCUGUGUGGUGCCAACGUGUCAAAGUGUUUGUGGCAGCAAGGCCACCUACAGCAAGAGCUGGAGAAACAAGGUGAAGAAAGAAGUGCGAGCAACAUCUCUGUUUUACCAGCUGGUUAUGAAUUUUUUAUCCCAAACAUCUGUGCGAGCGGUAAUAUGGUGGUUCAAAGAGCUGAAUGAUUCCCUUCAGGGACUGAAGUUCCCUCCCAGUGUCUUGCUCCCCACCACUCACCUCAGCUCCGUGGUCUCUGUCAACCCAGACUCCAAGGCCGCGCAGAGGAUAUUUGAGGCUGAGAUUGGGUUUUACUGGCAGACAUUUGAGACAGAGGAGAGCUGCUGGCCACCUGCAGCAGAGAAUGGAGAGAGCUGCGUGGAGAAGCCCGAGGUGACCAUGGCCCUCGUAUUUGAAACUUUAUUCACUAAUCCCAUUGCCCUUCACCACACGCUGCAGCUCAUCCUCAGCUGUGGACUGGAUAUCUGCGGCCUUCAACUGCUUUACCCCUCGUGGCAACUCCUGGCAGCAAGUGCAGGAAGGCUGCCUUCUGCUUACAGCUCCACCGACACUUCUGCCAGGUGUGUGCUGGCAUUGGCACUGAGAGGAGUGAAUGCUGGCACACUGUGGAUGGACAUUGUUGGGCCCUCUGAUCCACGGUUGGCCACAGUGACAGACCAGCACUCCAUCAACGCCCUGUACUGCGAGCAUCGUGAGGAGCCUCUCCUCUACUCACCGCACCAAGAAAGCCGGGUCCAGUGGGAACUCUGUGUGUGGUUCGGUGGAAGGAUUCCUGAAAAUGGGAUUGUACAAGUUGGCAUCCAGAACCCUGGCAAGAAGAGCAGCUCAAAGUGCAGAUCGAAUGCUGCUGGGUGCACAGAUUCUAGGGACAACUGCAGACCUCCUGCUACACUGGUGGCAACCAUUACAGCUGACAUCUUUCUUCUGGUGUCACCCGUGGUGCCCACACGUUACUACGGGGACAUAAUAUCUGUGUGUAACCGGCGAGGAUUCAUUCUGCAGGGGAUGCGACGACUUCGCUUGUCUGCAAAGCGAGCUGACAGCCUGGGGAUUGCGAGUGCGCAGAUCCCAGUGUUUUGUCGAACAGGUUGCUUUGGACCCCUGAAUUCUCACCUACCUGCCCCUGGCUCUCCCACCACUGAGCUGCCCUAUCCUUGCUUCAUGAUGCUGUUGAGGAAAGAAAAUGCAAUUCACCAGGGCGCAAGCUUACUGAAAGGGUUGGUGAACGAGCUGGCAGAACAGGGAUCAGCCAGAGAUGUGCUCAGCAGACGUCCCCCUGAAGCUGAGUUUGAGAUCACAACUUGUUUCCAUGUGGCUCCCUACACUGAUCAAACGCUGCAGGGUUUAGGAGGAGCUUUUAGUGCCGUGCCCCAGCCUGCCCAUCUGGCCCUGGAUGUGCUGAACAAGCAUAGCUUUGUGUCCAGCCCUGAGCUCGAGCAGGUGGUUGUCCUCACGCUGACGGGACGCAGUGCCAGGGAGAGUGCGGGCAGCUGCCUACGGGGCCUCCUACGCCCCCUGCCCAACCAAUCGCCCCAUCCCGCAGGUGACGUGGAGGUGAAUAGAGGCUUUGAGCUGCUGGGUUUAAAAUGGCUGCCACACCUGAGCCGAAGCCAGGCCAAGGAACUGACCCCGUUUGAGGUGGGCGACAGACACUGGCAGGAGAGCAUUGACUGCCUCGUAUCGAGCCCGGCACUGGUCUGUGUGCUGAGGCGUGUGGAUGCCUUCAACGCACUGACUGAAACGCUCGCUGCAGCCAAAGGCAGGGCGAGUGUGCUGCAGGAAAACAUUGUCAGCCCGGAGAGAGUGAUGUCACCAACCCCAGAGCUGGUCUUCAGGCAGGCUGCUCUCUUCUUCAGCGACCAGGAACUGAUAUCAGAUCCGAGCGCACGGCCCUUACUGAAUUACCUCUCUCCCUCUCUGAGAUCUGGGAUCACCACGGCAGGUUUAUCUGUUUCAGGUGAUGAAGCUAAAACUGUCAACAUGGAAUCCAUCUUUAGCUACAUGCUCCUUGGACCCCAGCCUCUGCUAACGCUGCUGAUCAUCAAACCCUCCGUCUGGUCACAUCAUCUCCCCAAGAUACUCCGCAAACUAGACCUAGAGCACUUCUGCGUUGUUGGGUUAAAACUUGUUACCUUGGACGCUGAGACAGCUUUACUCCUGACUCCAUGCAGCAUUCAGCAGGACCCAGCGCUGGUGAAAUCCAGCAUUGAUUCACUGGUCUCUGCUCCCUCAGUCAUUUUGUGUGUUGAGCGAGAUAAUGCUGUGAAGAAGCUGCUUGACUUGCUUGGCCCCGAAGAUCCUCAGCAGGCUAGAGAUCUGGACCAGUUGCUUUUACGGGCUCACUGGGGCACAGACCUGGUCCACAAUGGUUUCUAUGGUUCCUCGUCCUAUGCAAAUGCCGUCCGGGAUGUGAAGGCAUGUUUUCCUGAAGGGGUUUGUUGUGAGGAGUCACCAAUGAUGAAGGCGGAGAAGAUUGGCACCAAUGUUAAAGACCAACUCGUGAACCCUGGGGUACCACCCAGACGCAAGCUGGUGAAGUCUUCAGCCCUCUCUCACUGGGAUUACAGAGCACCCGAUCGGAACAGGCAGCAAGGCCUGCUGCUGCCCAUGGCUCUGCGCCAGACCAUGUGCCUACUGCUGGCUCCCCCCCUCAUCACCAAGUGCCACCACCCCCCCUACAUCGAGGUGCUGGACCAGCUGGGGGGCUGUGGGUUCCAGGUAGUGGGGGCCAGGAUGGGCGUGCUGGAUCGGUCUCAGGCUCAACAUGUGAUGGAGAUCCUCACCACGGACAUCAGUGUGGCCACGUGCUCACUGCUCACAAGCGGUCCCUGCCUGAUGCUGGCUCUAGAGAGAGAUAACGGGGUCUGCUGCUUUGGCACACUACUGAACAGCCUCAACUGGGAUAAACUGGAGCUCCAAGAUUGCCUGCAACAUUUGCUGUAUCCAAAGACUGAGUUACAGGUGGAACGGUUGCUCAGCUGUCUGUUCGAUACCCUGGCUCCUGAGAGUAUUCAUCAGGUUGUUCUCCAAGACUGUGUACCUGCGCCAGGCACGGGAACAUCAUUGCCGCAACUCCAGCCUGCAACACCUACAGUUGCCCAAGUGUUCAACUCAGCAGCAGUUUAGAAGCUCCCUCCUCAAACUUCUAAUUAUUCCAUAUUUGAAUUUUAUCCCCAUAUAUUUAUUAUUCCGUAAUCAUUCACAAACCAGGUAAUGAGAGACUGCACACAGUAACUGGUCCUUGUUCGCUGGGUCUGCUUCUAUUCACCGCGCUGUAUAUGACCCCUGCCCUCCUCGCCAUUCCCACCACUUCUCCCCAGUGAGGCCUGUGGUAAAACAUGUUCUCCCCAGCUACUGCUGGAGUGUGUUCACAACCUCUUGCUCCACCACAUUGCUCAGCUUAAGCUGCUUGCCUGCAUCGUACGCGAUGAAUGGGUUUAUCCUGUAAGCACCAAGACAUGGAGCCACCUGUGUAUUCUGCUAAUCUUGGAAAGAGCAAAGACAAGAAUUCCCUCAACAUCCAGGCAAAGCCCCGUGGGAGAUUCAGCAACGACAGGAUCAUGAAAGCCGCCUCUCCGUUGGUGGGAGGUGGACUCUCUCCAUCAGCUUGAGUCGAGGCGUCAAUGUAUACGAUGGGCGACAACACAGGAGCAGGGUGGGAACAGAGUGGCACUGCCUCUGUGGAGGGCGUUACCAGCUCAGAUACCAUCAGUGAACAGCAGCCUCACACCCUGAAGCACAACCCAUUUCACAACUCCACCCGGUUCUUGCACUUUCAUUGUAUUGUACAAAGCUUAUUUUGCUUUUGAUUUAAAAUCCAGCAACUCAUAGCCCAACUCAAACAUGGAUGUUACUGUCAUCUUAUAUAUAAAUUAAAUACUUGGGUGUAAAUGUAUAAUUGGGUGUAUCAUCAUCUCAGGUAGAAAAUAAACACAUUUA